UAUACUCGGGCCUCUACCGAAGGGAUUACAAAAUUAUAACACUUGUAGUACCGCUAGCGGUUCACCACUUCACACACUUUAUUUGAGGGUAAGAGUUAAAAAAAAACUGACGUCACCAAGCUCCGCCUCCUACCCGGUCGUGUCAUUCGCUUUUUAGUGCUCGCCACGAACACAUCUUUUCGUGUCUCUCUUGUUAAAUUUUGUGUUACCGGACGUUAAAAAGUGUUUAUAUCAUGCCUAAACGCAAAAAUGAUAAUAGUGAUUAUGAUAAGUUAAUGAAAAAAUUCAAAAGGUUGGAGAAAAAAUUGCGGCGUCGAUGUCCCUUCAAUACUCCUGCAUCAGAGCAUCAUAAUACCCCAGCCCAUGAUGGACCAUCAUCUGUAGGCACCGCUGCUGCGGCUACUACCACCGACAAUGCUCACAUGGCAGGCCCGAGUGGCCAACCUAUCGAAAUGCUCGAUUUAUCUAACCUAGAUGAGGAACCACAGCCCCUCCCUGCUGAACCCGUCUUGGAUGAUGCGAUUCUAGAAAUAUUAGGUGAUGACCCAACUAUAUCUAAUACAUAUGGGGCUGAAAUCCAAAAAGAUCUGGCUAUAAGACUGGAGCAUAUCGCUACUCAUGGGCUGACUGAGGAACUUCGGAAAGAGAUUACUCAGAAGUAUCUUGUUCCGAAUAAUUGCAAACUAAUCAAUGCACCUUCCUUAAAUGUGGAACUUGAGGCCAUCUCCGCUGCUAUCACCAAACGCGAUAAAGGCAUUCAAGCCCGCCAAAAACAAAUUGCUACUGCUAUAUCUUGUAUAAGCCAGACUAUUAAUAAACUGAUAACGAAUACUAACGCAGAUUCGGAGACAGUGAAGAUGCUAAUGGAUGCAGAGCGUCUAUUAUGUGAUUCUCAGUAUAAUGAUUCCAUAUUGAGAAGAAAUUUUAUUACUUCAUCAGUAAAACCGGAAAUGAAAGAGCAACUUCAGAAAACUAAGCCGGAUAGCUACUUGUUUGGCCAAGCAUUAGCUGAGACCAUUAAAACGGCCAAGGUAAUAAACAGGUCAAGUGCUGAUCUGAGAAUACCAGCACCCAAACCACCAGUAAAUAAAAGACCAGCUGCUGCCAGUGCCAGCACAUCCAAUACAUCCAGGAAUUUAAACUGGAAGGGCCCGUAUCCUCCGCGGAAACAACCGAAUCAUCCGAAGACGAGGAAUCCCCUCCCGCCCCCGCCUCCAGGCAGGAACCAGCCGUGGAGCUCAUCGAGAGCGUCGCGUCAGCAGCCGCCGCGCUCCCGCCGCUAGAUCCGGUAAAAUAUGCUGGCAGAUUAACGUUAUUCUAUGACCAAUGGUCACUCAUUACUAACAACUCGUUAGUACUAUCUUGCAUCCAGGGCUACAAGAUUCCGUUCUCGGGUCCUGUAAACCAAAUAUCUGGUCCAACUAUGGCACAAUACAAUAAUAAGGAAAGAAAUUGUUAUCUUGAGUGCAUAAAUAAUUUAUUAUCUAAUGGAGCCAUUUCAAAAUGUCAAUAUACAGAAGGACAAUUCUUAUCUAGUGUAUUUUUGGUACCAAAACCAAACGGUAAAUAUCGGUUUAUUUUAAAUCUAAAGAAUUUAAAUAAAUACAUUAAUACAGAACAUUUUAAAAUUGAAGAUUUACGUACAGCGCUAAAAUUAAUCACAAGAAACUGUUUUAUGACAAAAAUUGAUUUAAAGGAUGCAUAUUAUUUUAUAAAUAUACAUCGUGAUUUUAGAAAGUAUUUAAGAUUUCAAUUUGAAGAAGAAUUAUACGAAUUCAAUGUAUUACCGUUUGGUUUAAGUACCGCGCCUUACAUAUUUACUAAAAUAAUGAAACCUAUAGUCCGAAUACUCCGUUCGGCUGCACUCUUAUCUAUCAAUUAUUUAGAUG